UUCUCCGUGAGAAGAGGGAAAGACUAAUGUAAAAAGCAGGCCGUGCUGUGUCAAAGGCUCCGAGUGUGGAGGCGCUGAGAGGUUCUAGAGAGAGAGAGAGAGAGUGAGAGUGCAGGAGGCGACGAGUUAAGAGAAGAGAAGUUGUUGAGGAAUUCCUUUCGUUUGCUGUUUUCAAUUUCACGCGGAAAUAUGGAGUGGCCUGGUUAUUUGGAUGAAUACGAGAAGCUACUUGUUCGAAUGUCUACGCCGAGGGUAGCGAUCGAUAAUGCCGGUUGUUCUAACGCCACUCGAGUCAUGAUCGACAGCGCCAGAAAACACGGGAUUCUUCUGGAAGCUGUUCAAGUUUUGAUGGAUUUGAAUCUUUCAAUCAAGAAGGCCUACAUCUGUUCCGAUGGUCGGUGGUUCAUGGACGUUUUUCAUGUGACUGAUUUGAACGGAAACAAGUUAACCGACGAGAGUGUUUUGGGCUACAUAGAGCAGUCACUCGAAACUGUUCACUAUGGAAGAUCCAAAAGUAUUGAAGGGUUAACAGCUUUGGAACUGACCGGAACUGAUCGAGUCGGCCUUUUGUCCGAGGUUUUUGCAGUUCUAUCGGACUUACACUGCAACGUUGUUGAUGCUAAGGUGUGGACUCACAACGGUCGGAUAGCAUCCUUGAUGUAUGUCAAGGAUGAAGAUUCAGGGACUCCAAUUCAAGAUUCAGUGAAGUUAGACGCCAUUGUAGGGAUGCUAAGGAAUGUGCUGAAGGGAGCCAAUGAUAUCCGAAGUGCAAGGACCUCUGUUUCCUUGGGCGUCACUCACACGGAAAGGAGGCUGCACCAGAUGAUGUUUGUGGAUAGAGAUUACGAGAGGAGCCCCAUCUUCAAGAUUUGUGAUGAAGAUAUGCCUGCUGUUACGGUUCAGAAUUACUUGGAGAAGGAUUACUCAGUGGUGAAUAUCCACUGCAAGGAUAGAAACAAGCUUUUGUUUGAUGUUGUUUGCACAUUAACGGACAUGGGGUACGUCGUUUUCCACGCCACGGUUGAUACGGCUGAAGACAGGGCAACCUUGGAAUUCUUCCUAAGACACAUGGAUGGAACGCCUAUCAGUUCAGAAGCUGAAAAACAGCGUGUGAUUCUAUGUUUACAGGCUGCAAUUGAAAGGAGAGCGUCCCAGGGAGUGAAGCUUGAGCUAUGUGCAGCGGACCGUAAAGGGCUUCUUGCAGAGGUAAUGCGAACGUUCCGUGAAAACGGCCUCAAUGUCACAAUGGCAGAGAUAUCGACAACAAUGGGCACUGCCCUGAAUAAAUUCUAUGUAACCGAUAGCAACGGCAAUCCACCUGAUCAAAAGACAAUCGAAUCAGUCAGGCAAAAGAUCGGAUUGAGCAAUUUGAAAGUGAAGGAAUUGCCGUUGGUAUGCAAUGAAAAGCUGAAAAAGGAAGACCACGCGAUGGUGACGGGGUUGUCGUCACUGGGUAGCAUGUUCUGGAGAAACCUAUUCAAUCUGGGACUGAUCAGAUCCUAUUCUUGAUCUGGCUUGGGUUGGGUUGGGGGAGGUCGUUUGUACAGACAAGGAUUCGGUGAAAGUGGGUGAGAAUAUAGAUAGGGUUUGGUUGUCUUAAUGAAGAGGGUAGAUACACACUGACUAGGGUAGAUGUCAAAGGGGGGGCCAGGGUGCAGGGCCCCCCCUUUUUCUUGUGUGCAUAGCAUUUGUCAACGUGGUUUAUUAGUAUGAAAAUCUGGAUGGAUCUAGAGCAGAAAGGGGUCUUUCUUUGGUUGGUGAGUUAGGUUUGCAGAAAAUUAAGAUUAGGUAUUAAUUUCUUCAUUGUUAAUUUUAGCUAUAUGUGGGCAUGGCA